AUGUCUCCCAUCAGAGACAUGGACCGUCUGCUACAGGAAAUGGACAUCAACCGCCUCAGAGCCGUGGUCUUCAGAGAUAUCGAGGACAGUAAGCAGGCUCAGUUCUUGGCCCUGGCUGUGGUUUACUUCAUCUCUGUUCUCAUGGUGUCCAAGUACCGAGACAUCCUGGAGCCCCAAAACGACAAGAAGCUCCCCCAGCGCAGCCAGUCUGCCAGGAGCGCAGACAGUAAUGCCGACCUGGAGAGCAGUGUGUCCCUCCGUCGCCGAGACUCUGGCAUCGGGAUGACCAUAGCUCCGUGGCCCCCAGCGAGGCGGACACCACCGCCCAGGGGUCAGAGACAACCCCACGGCGGACGCCAGGGGCGGAAGAACGUGAAGGACAUCCUGCGCAGCCUGGUCUCGGCGCCUGCUGAUGACAUCAUGGUGGACCCCAGCCUUCUGCCGCCGGCCUUCCUGGGAGCUGCCUGGGAAACAACCCCAACCAGUUCAGAUCCUUUGACAGAAGCGUUCGGGUGGCGCCCAAGAAGGUGGGCGGGGCUCCGUCCCCAGGCUCCUCCACUCCUGUCCCAUCAGCCACCGCUGCUGUGGGGGCCGCCGGGACACCAGUCAACAACGUUGCCGUGGUUUCCACAGGCGAUGCCUCCCAGAGCACCACCGCUGAGGCUGCAGCCGGAUCAGCCAGCACCAACCUGCCAUCUGUCCCCACGUUGUCCCCAAUGACCCGGGACACAGCCCCCAGUAUGAGUAUCUCAGAGAGGCUGGAGCAUGCUCUGGAUAAGGCUGCCCCCUACUGAGAGAUCUUUGUGGACUUUGCC